AUGGCGGAACGACCACAGAUCAUCAGUACCAGCGUCACCGCCAAGCUCUCUCGGGAGGAGCAGCGUAAAGUCCGGGACCUCGAAGCGGCUCGGAAAGCUGGUACCGCCGCGCCCGCCCAAGACGAAUCUGGAAACGCCAUCAACCCUCACAUCCCUCACUUCAUCUCUCGUGCACCAUGGUACGCCGAUAUCGGAGUCCCUUCGCUCGCGCAUCAGCGUGUCGAGGAGAAGGAGGGAACCAAGCUGGACCAAUGGUAUGACCGCGGUCAGCGAGCCGGGCCAGCCAGCAAGAAGUUCCGGAAGGGCGCGUGCGAGAACUGCGGGGCGAUGUCGCACAAGCAAAAGGACUGCGUGGAGCGGCCUCGGAAGAAGGGGGCAAAAUAUACCGGCAAGGAUAUCAUGGCGGAUGAGCUGGUCCAGCAUUUCGAUGGCGACUACGAUGCCAAGCGGGAUAGGUGGAAUGGGUACGAUCCGGCGGCGUACAAGGCGGUAGUGGAUGAGUAUGAGGCGAUGGAGGAGGCGCGGCGAAAAGUGAGGGAGGAGGAGAUUGAUAAAGCUGCGCAAGAGGGGGAAGGGCAGGUCGUACAGGAAAAGAAGAAGGUGGUGGAUGAUGAGUUUGGGUCGUCGGAUGAGGACGAGGAGGAUGAGGAGAAGUAUGCGGAUGCGGCGGAGCAGGUGGGGCAAAAGCUGGAUGAGAAGAACCGGAUCACGGUCCGGAAUUUGAGGAUAAGAGAGGAUACCGCAAAGUAUCUGAUCAAUCUCAAUCCGGAGUCAGCGUACUAUGAUCCCAAGACCCGGGCGAUGCGGGAUGCUCCAGAAGAGGGGAAUAAGGACGCCAAAGAUAUGAAAUUCGCAGGCGACAACUUCACCCGGUACUCUGGCGAAAGCACCAAUAUGGCCAAACUCCAAACCUUCGCGUGGCAAUCCAACAUGCUCGGUCACAACGUCCAUAUCGAAGCCAACCCGACAGCGGCGAUGAUGCUCCACAAGGAGUUUACGGCCAAGAAGGGGGUGAUGAAGGAUACCAACAAGGUGUCGAUUUUGGAGAAAUAUGGAGGGGAGGAGCAUCUCGAGAGGUUGCCUCAGGAGCUGCUGCAGGGGCAGACGGAGGAGUAUGUCGAAUACUCGCGGACUGGAAAUGUCAUUAAAGGCCGAGAACGAGCCAAAGCCAUGUCGAAAUACGAAGAAGACAUCCAUCCAAACAACCACAAAUCCGUCUGGGGCUCCUUCUAUGACCGCGCCAACGCCGCCUGGGGCUACACCUGUUGCCACUCCCUCACGUACAACUCGUACUGUACCGGCGAGGCAGGCAAGGAGGCCAAUACAUCUACGUCUGUCGCUGCUCUGCUUGAGACCGCCGGGGACAAGAGACGGAUCGACGAAGAGGCCGAGGCGGACCGGAGGCGUGCCGCUGCGGCCGAGGCGGAGAAGGCUGCCAGUGCGAAGGCAGAGAAGGGUAAAGGCAAAGAGAAGGAGAGGGAGAGGGGCCAAGCGGGGAUUGCGAAGCGUAAAGAAGGCAAUGAGGAUUUGGAGCUCGACAAGGAUCGACUUAAGCGCGCAGUGGCGGAAGAGAGGAAGCGGAAGGAGAUGGGCGAUGAGGAGGCGUGGGCGCAGACCAAGAAGGCUAAAACGGAUGUUUCGCAGGAAGAGCUGGAGGCGUACCGCUUGACAAAGCAGGCGUUCGACGAUCCGAUGGCGAAUUAUAAGGAUACGGAGGAGUAG